AUGAUGCCUCUGGAGGUCUUCUGCUUCAUCCUCUGGGCAGCUUCCCAGGCUCAAGAACCCCUCAUGGUCUCCCAGCCCAGCUCAGCAGAAGGCGCGGAAGGCGGUUCCGUCACCUUGACCUGUUCCUACAACUCCACCUCAGAGCCCAAGGUUGGGAGCUUCCGGUGGGUGAAGGAGCCAGGGGUGGAGGUCAGAAAGACCACCCGGGAAUUCAUGGGAAGGGUGAGUCCCACCUCGGAGCAGGCCUUCCUAUUGGAAAGAAGAGCCGACAUAGAGAUACGGGAUCUGAGACAUUACGACUCGGGGGUGUAUCGAUGCGUGGUGAAGAUCCCCGGAUUCCAGGAGACGUCGGGGAACGGGACUGAGCUUCGCGUGCUUAAAGCUGCGAAAGGUAAAGAGCUUGGGUUCUGUGGAAGGAAUGACAAGAAGGCAGAGUCAACGGCAGAUCUGAAUUAUUCAGAGGUCGUCGUGAAGAAGGUGGGGAAAUCCAAGCGUCAAAGCGAAAAGGUCACAUAUGCUUCCAUACGUGUAUAG